CUUUCUACAACAUUCUGGACCCUUGUGGAAUUGAAGUCACGGAAGCUCCUGGAAAGUUCCCAAAUCCCCCAUCACCCUCCAGAGACCUCCUCCUCUGCGCCACUCGCCGCCCACUCCCUAUAAAAUCUCAUCCACCCCUUUCCCCGAAUUGCAACAAUCAAAGCAAUUGUAGAAAAAAAAAAAAAAACGUUUUUGGAAUUUCACAACCCAGAAGGGGAUUUAGAAGAUCGAAGAAGAAAAAGAUGGAUAUGAGGAUCAUGGGCUUCGACUCGCCUCUGUUCUCCACUCUGCAACACAUUCUGGACGGGGCCGACGAGGGGGAUAAGUCCUUCAGCGCGCCCACCCAGACCUACGUGCGGGACGCGAAGGCGAUGGCGGCGACGCCGGCGGACGUGAAGGAAUACCCGAAUUCGUAUGUGUUCGUGGUGGACAUGCCGGGGCUGAAGAGCGGCAACAUCAAGGUGCAGGUGGAGGACGACAAUGUGCUGCUCAUAAGUGGCGAGAGGAAGCGGGAGGCGGAGGAAAAGGACGGUGCCAAGUACGUGAGGAUGGAGCGCAGGGUGGGCAAGUUCAUGAGGAAGUUCUCCCUGCCGGAGAAUGCCAACACUGAUGCCAUUUCGGCGGUUUGUCAGGACGGCGUGCUGACGGUGACGGUGGAGAAGUUGCCGCCGCCAGAGCCCAAGAAACGCAAGGCCAUCGAGGUCAAGGUCGCUUAAGAGGAAGAGAUUUCGGAUUUUGGGUCUUCAAAUCCUGUCGUGUGUCUCUGUUACCCCUGUUUGUUUUCUCCGGUGAGCGGUGAUGGUUUGGGUUUGGUAAUUGCUGUAUUCAGUGUGUUGUUUAUGUGUAACUAGCUUCUCAUAUGGAGCAUUGCAGCUGGUGAUGAGGUGAUUUUCUAUGAGUAAUUUCAAGUAUCAGCAGUAAAAGUUUUUAUGUUAACGAAAAA